GCGGCAGGUCAGACAAGUUGCGGUGGCAGGAGGCGGCGUCGGCGUUUGCAGAAGUGAGAGUUUGGAUGAAACCGCACGGCGGAAGGUUUGGCACAGCAUCACCACCGCAGCCAGUAUUGAUCCGGACAGCAGCGGGUCUCUGUGCGCCACAGCCGGGGACUCCUUUGGUGACAUUCGGCGGCUCUUAAGAGUUCAGUUCGGGUGAGGGGCUACCGCAGGCGGGGACGAUGAGGAAGGCUGCUCUGCUGCUUAUUGUGCUCCUCGGCGUCGCACACUUGGCGACAGUGUGCAGGUGUGAGGAAGAUGCUGCAGAAGACAAAGAGGAGGCGGCAGCUGAUGAGGACAGUGACGAUGAGGAGGAGGAAGAGGAGGAUGACACGGAGGUCAAAGAGGAGAACGGGGUCCUGGUUCUCACCGACGGCAACUUUGACACCUUCAUGGAGGGAAAAGACACGGUUCUGGUUGAGUUUUACGCACCCUGGUGUGGCCACUGCAAGCAGUUUGCCCCAGAGUACGAGAAGAUCGCUCAGGCUCUGAAGGAGAACGACCCUCCCAUCCCCGUGGCCAAAGUGGACGCCACGCAGGCCACUGAGGUGGCGGGCAGGUUCGACGUGUCCGGGUACCCCACCAUCAAGAUCCUGAAAAACCGAGAGCCCGUCGACUAUGACGGGGAGAGAACCGAGAAGGCCAUCGUGGCGCGGGUGCUGGAGGUGUCCCAGCCGGACUGGAAGCCGCCUCCCGAGGCCACGCUGGUGCUGACGAAGGACAACUUUGAUGAAACGGUUAACGAGGCAGACAUCAUCCUGGUGGAGUUCUACGCGCCGUGGUGUGGACACUGCAAGCGUCUGGCCCCGGAGUACGAGAAGGCGGCGAAGGAGCUGAGUCAGCGCUCGCCUCCCAUUCCUCUGGCCAAGGUGGACGCCACGGUGGAGACGGAGCUGGCCUCGCGCUUCGGGGUCACCGGCUACCCCACGCUGAAGAUCUUCAGGAAGGGCAAAGCGUUUGAAUACAACGGCCCCAGGGAGAAGUACGGGAUCGUGGACUUCAUGAGUGAGCAGGCGGGACCGCCCUCUAAGCAGGUCCAGGCAGCAAAGCAAGUGCAGGAGCUCAUCAAAGAUGGCGACGACGCCGUCAUAGUGGGCGUAUUCUCCGGGGAAGAGGACGCGGCCUACGAGCUCUACAUCGAAGCCUGUAACGCUCUGAGGGAGGACUUCACCUUCCGUCACUCCUUCAGCUCAGAAGUGGCCAAACUGCUGAAGGCGUCUCCCGGUCAAAUCGUCAUCGUUCAGCCUGAGAAGUUCCACUCAAAAUAUGAGCCGGCAUCUAACAAACUUUCAGUCAAGGAGUCGACGUCGGUGUCUGAAGUCCAGGAGUUCUUCAGGAAGCAUUCCCUUCCCCUGGUGGGCCACAGAAAACCCAGCAACGAUGCCAAACGCUACGCUAAGAGACCCCUGGUGGUCGUGUAUUACGGAGUCGACUUCAGCUUCGACUACAGGAUAGCCACGCAGUUCUGGAGGGCCAAGGUGCUCGGCGUCGCCAAAGACUUCCCGGAGUACACGUUCGCCAUCGCCGACGAGGAGGACUACGCCGAGGAGCUGAAGAGCCUGGGCUUGAGCGAGAGCGGGGAGGAGGUGAACGUGGGGAUCUUGGCAGACGGAGGGAAGAAGUUCGCCAUGGAGCCCGAGGAGUUUGACUCGGAGGUGCUGAGAGACUUUGUUGUUGCUUUUAAGAAAGGAAAGCUCCAACCCAUCAUCAAGUCCCAGCCAGUGCCGAAGAACAACAAGGGACCGGUUAAGGUCGUGGUGGGAAAGACGUUUGACGAAAUCGUCAUGGACCCCCAGAAGGACGUCCUGAUCGAGUUCUACGCUCCCUGGUGCGGCCACUGCAAGAAGCUGGAGCCCGACUACCUGGCGCUGGGCAAAAAGUACAAAGCCGAGAAGAACCUGGUGAUCGCCAAGAUGGACGCCACCGCCAACGACGUGCCGCACGACAGCUACAAAGUGGAGGGCUUCCCCACGAUAUACUUCGCCCCCAGCAACGGGAAGCAGAGCCCCGUCAAGCUGGAAGGCGGGGAGCGAACAGUGGAGGGCCUGAGUAAGUUUGUGGAGGAGCACGCCACAAAGCUGCAGAGGAGGGAUGAACUCUGAGCCUUUUUGCCUCCUCUCUCUGCGAGGAGCUAAGGACUCGUUAACGGUGCUCAGCUGGAGCCUGGGAGGCCGACGGGAACGCAGCGGUUUCUAAACGGUGUUACUGACUUUCUUUGUGAUGACACGUUCCAAUCAUCCUUUUUUUUAGUUUCUGUUCUUUCCAAGAGAUUCUGUUUCUGCCAGCAUGUAAGCACUGAGCGUUUUUAAAAUAAAGCUGAAAACGAUGGUGGCUUGGUGCACCAACACUCA